UUUUUUUUUCAAAUUUCCAACAACACGCACACACACAUACAACAGUCCUUUCUUCCGCCGUCGACAAAAAAAAUGGUCGCCUUCCUCUCCAACCUGGGCAAGUCCAACCUCGCCAACCUCCUUCUCCGGCUCCUUCAACUGAUCCAAGGUCUGGUCGUGGUCGGGCUCUACGGGGUCGACCUAAACCGGGCCAACCGUGAACACAAGUACUCUGACGGAAAAUGGGUUCGUUCUGCCCUCGCCGGCGAGAUGCUCACUCUGCCUCCUGAAAUUUCGAGACUAAUGACUUGCGUCCAGGUCUACGCCGUGGUGGUGGGUUCUCUGUCGGCGGUCACGGCGGUCGCGUACGGUCUGGUCGGUGUCUUUUUGCAAUACCGGACCGUCGCUUUUCUGUUCGCGUGGGACUGGAUCCUGGUCAUCCUCUGGACGGCCCUCUCGGGCAUCUUCGGUUCCAUGUACAUUGGGGAAAAGACCGAGAUGGAAUGGGGCAUACACCGCAUGAAGGUCGCCGUGGGUUUCGACCUGGCCGGACUCGUCCUCUGGUUCAUCACCGCCGCCUUCGGCACCUGGUGGUUCUUCGCCGAAAGAAGACGUGGCGGCGGCGGCGGCGGCGGCGGUGGUGUCGGUCGAGUGUUGUCCCGUGGCGGCGCAAAGGCUUGA